AUGGACGACGAUACUCUCAGUCUAUUUCGCUGGCUUGAGCAUGACAGCAAAAGCCCCAAGAAAAAAUCCAAAUCGAUCCUAUUCGUGAACACAAUUAAGGUCGUCGUCCUUCGCCAUAACUCACUUAGCGAAAGGGUGGUGUCGGUCGAAUAUCGCAAUGUAGUACGCUCAUCCUGUCCCGGUUGGUUGCAUGUCAAAGGAAGGGCAUCGCUGGCCUGGCAAAAGCUGCGGACUCGCUGGGUCUCGAAACCACAGGCGUUUUCGAAACAGCACAACACAGUGUCGAAUGAGAUUUCAGGAUUCGGUACUUUCAGCUAUCAUGAAGUCUGGAUAGAUCAAGAGCGCGGCUUCUCCCACCACGGGCAUGGUGGUUCGCAUCUUAAGCAAUUCAGAGUCGAAGGCGAAGUUUAUUGGGGCCCAACGCUUCCUAGGCCCGACUUUCAUGGUAACUGGUGGAUGGUGGCCAUAGGAAUGACUGGAUAG